AUGUGCAUUAUUGUGAAGCUCUGGUUGCUCGUCGCAUACCGAGUUGAACGGCUCACUAGACGAUUCAUAUACAAUCAACCCACCAAGUGUCCUCCUAGAGGCGCAAUUAUCGUGCAUGGAUCUCGUCUGGAUCGACAUGGCACCUUCAGCACCUGGGUUGACCUGUUAACGUGCUUGGCGUUCCGCAGCUUACGGACUCUAGCAGCUUCCUUACGUCUUUUCACCCAGACAUCUCAAGAAGCACCCGUGCCUCACAAUGAUGACCAGGUGGACGUAAUGACUGGUGAAUCACUUUCAGCUCAAGACUCUUGUGACUCUGUAAAGAUAUACUCACGAACAACUCUACGUCUUGCAUACACUGCCUCUGCUUUGGACCUGAUUCAUCGCCAAGAGGUGUAG